AUGUGGUUGAAGUCUGAAGGUUUCGUGGAUAGGGUCAAACAAUGGUGGAGUUCGUAUCAUCUUGAAGGUACACCUAGCUACAUUUUUGCAAGUAAAUUGAAAGAGUUAAAAAGAGAUCUAAAGGUGUGGAACCAACAUACUUUCGGAAAUGUAGAAGAUAAUAAAAAUACCAAGUGGGAGGAAAUACAGGAGUUAGAAAGACUCCAAGAAGGGAGACCACUUACUGAGGAGGAACAAGUACAUAAAACUAUGCUGGUUGCAGAUCUUGAGAGAAUAAUUCUACAAGAAGAGAUGUCGUGGCGCCAGAAAUCAAGAGCCCUUUGGCUAAAGGAAGGGGAUCGGAGCACAAAGUUCUUCCAUAAAAUUGCAAAUUCUCAUAGAAGAAAUAAUGGCAUUGAGAUGCUGAAAAUUGAGAGGGUCGAGUGUAGAGAAGAAGAAGCAAUAAAAGACCAUGUGGUAAAUUUCUUUGGUGAGCUUCUUACUGAACAGGUGGGGUGGAGGCCUACUUUGAAUGGAUUGGUUUUUGGUACUAUAGAGUUGGAGGAAGUCGAAAGGAUGGAAAGGGCUUUCGAAGAGGAAGAGGUCUACGAUGUAAUAAAGAAAAUGGCUAAAGAUAAGGCACCCGGUCCUGAUGGUUUCUCCAUGGGUUUUUACCAAGAAUGUUGGGAGGUAGGGGCUUCUGAGAUUUCCGAUUUUUGGCCUAUUACUCUAGUGCAUGGUACGUACAAGAUCAUUGCUAAAGUACUCGCUAACCGUCUGAGUGGGGUUUUGGGACAGAUCGUUACUAAGCCCCAAAAUGCCUUUGUGAAGGGUAGACAAAUACUUGAUGCUGCUCUAAUUGCUAAUGAAUGUCUGGACAGUCGUGUGAAGACUGGUAGCCCAGGGCUUAUGUGCAAGUUAGAUAUGGAGAAGAUUGGAUCGCCGAGUAGGGGUACCACUACCAUCUCACAUUUACUGUUUGCAGAUGAUAUGCUUAUUAUGUGUGAUGCCGAGUUAGAUUAG